AUGCUCUCGCGAGGUAAAAGGGCUCAGUUGGUGCCGUGUUUCGGUAGCGUUGAGUUCGCGAUGUGUUUGUGGAUUGCGUGUGCGAUUUUAACCCUGGUCGCUUCCCAACCGAAUUUCUACACCCUCCGGUAUGGAAAACGACACGAGUCACGUGCGGGUAAUCUGUUCCCGUUGGGAAGCAGGUACGGACGCAGUGACGGUUUUCAAAAGGACGGGAAAUCGUUGCCCAAACUGGUACAAGUGGUUCCAAGGGUGGAUCGAUUCUUUUGGGGUAGUCGAUACGGGAAACGAUCCUCCCCAGAUUAUCGGACUGUUUCCUCGGUGAAUCGAUUCAGCGCCGUCUUGGAUUUCAUGGAUCACGUAAACGAAGUAAAUCUCGAACAACAGAACGACGCGAGUAACGUGAACGAUCCCGAUCUACUGACUUAA